CUUUCAUCAGCGCAUCCUCCACCACCACCACAACCCACCCAAAACCCCAUACCCUUACACAUAAUGCCUCCCAAGCAGCUCAACGGAAAGGGUGGCCGCACCGUCGCCGAGCCCAGCUUUGCGCGCAGCACCAUCCAAGGUCUUACAAGCGCGGAGAACAGGAGUGUUGUCACCUCAAUCGGCCUAUUUGCUAUUGGUGUCACCUUCCUGCACAGCAGCUGGGCGGAGAUCCUCCUUCCCGCGUAAACGCCGCAAUAAAUGCUUUGAACGAACGACCGACGAAAAGGCGAAGAAACUAUCCGGCAAGCACGCGUCGCAGUAGUAUUCAGACACCUAUGAAGGAUCAGUGUAUAUAGAAUACGGUAUUGGACUGGCGUUCAGGCAGGGGGACAGACUCCAUUCGAGUAUUUGAACAGGCUGUACAACAAUUGUACACAAAAACAACAUACCCACAUUUGCGCCACAGAACCACUCCUAUGUAUGCAACAUCCUGCAUCAUGCGACUGCAUGUCUAUGGCAUAACGUACCGCAAAAGACACCCAGCCUGACCCUCGCCACUGUGUGAGGGUGGCACGCAGCACAGCCACGGCUUUGGCAGUAAAUUGUUUGCUCCUCUAACCGAUUCAGAAGGGAACGGGGCCUUGAAUGUUUUCACCAGGCUCAGCCUCCCUGGAGACCGCAUAUGCACCAGUCACUGCAUUAUAUGACCAAACCUCGUGGCUACUUCCUUGCUCUAAUUAGAC